AUGAGUACCGCCGCAGAAUCCGCAACGGACCCCUGUUCACACGACCUCCACUCCAACGAGGCACACUCCCUCUCGUUGCCAUCACAUAGCCAAAACGCACCGACAACGCAGCCGCUCCCGCCGUUCGCACCGCCCAUCAUCGGGAUCUUCCCUCAACAUCACAAACCGACCCCCUCCGACGUUCUCUGCGCGCAGCCGCCGCUCAACGCCGAAUCGUGCAGAUCCGAACACCCAGCGUCCGAGCGCCGUGCAAGCCUCACCAUCAUCAUACGCCGUCGUCGGUCAUUCCUUCCACCCCGAAGCACCGUGUUUUCGAUUUUAAAUAUCACGGUGUGCAUUUUUUUUUGUUUUUUCCUUCUGCCAUGUGUCACAUAA